UUUGUUUUUCUUUAAUGCUACUUUUUGCUUUCCCUUUCUCACUUUCUUCCCCGCAGUCUUGUCGUGGCGAAGUCCCGCUGUUGUUGGAGCUCUCGAAGGAGAUAAUAAUAAAGAAAAGAAGAAAAUGGCGAUGUGGGUGUUUGGGUACGGCUCUCUUAUUUGGAAAGCCGGGUUUAACUAUGAUGAUCGUCUUGUUGGCUUCAUCAAAGAUUAUCGCCGAGUCUUCUACCAAGGGAGUACUGACCACAGAGGGACGCCUGAGUAUCCAGGCAGGACCGUCACACUGGAGCCUGCUGAUGGGGAAGUCUGUUGGGGAGCGGCGUACAAGAUAUCCAAGAAAGAAGAUAAAGAAAAUGCGAUAAUGCAUUUAGAAGUGAGGGAGAAGCAGUAUGACAAGAAAGCUUAUCUUGAUUUCUUCACUGAUCCCACAGCUACAACUCCAGCCAUUUCUGGGGUAAUGGUGUACAUAGCAUCUCCAGACAAGAAGCUUAAUAAGAACUAUUUGGGGCCUGCUUCUCUUGAAGAGAUUGCCAAACAAAUUAUUCAUGCUGAGGGCCCCUCAGGACCAAACAGAGACUAUCUUUUCCAACUAGAAAAGGCUCUUCUUCAACUUGGAUGUAAAGAUAAACAUGUAAUUGGCCUUGCAAAUGAAGUGAGGCGCAUUCUUUCGGAAGGACAGCUAAUUGCGUCAUGAUGCAAAAAGGGGGGAAAGGGAAAAGAAAUUAAAAGAGAAACUCGGGGCAGCAUGAUAGAUGUGGACAUCAGCACCACUACAUGGAGUGACCUGUUCCUACAUGUUUGCUCGGGAUUGGGACGCAGAAACGUAGAUUUCAUAUAGUGUGGGAUACAGUCAUCCCAAUUCUACAACAAUAAAUUCUUCUACACAGGUAAACACUGUCGAGAAAAGGAUGUUUCCCUAUUCUUAAUUUGGAUAUUUCCCUAUUAAACCUGAUUGUUCUUGAUGACGAAAUCGAAGGCGUUUCAUUAUUUAAAGCUAUCUUAACAUUUCA